AGGAAGCCGUACAGCAUUCAUCUCACUCCUCAGGAACAGGCCAGGUAGAACCAUGUUUGGAAGCAUAGGGAAGCUUGCCGCCGAGGGUCUGGCCCACCGGGCUGAGAAUGCUACAGAAACUGUAGUCAAUGUAGCUGGAGAAGUGGUCAAGGAAGUGGUGGAAAAUGCCAAGGAGGCUGGUGGAGAAGUCAUCAAAAAUGUCGUGAAAGCUGUAAAGGAAGCUGAAGAAAAAGCUGUAAAAGAGGUGACCAACAAAGUGACCGACACAAUAACUCAUGCCGCUGAGGGAUUGAACAAUCUUGGACAAUAAUCAGCAUGGCCAUCAUAGCCUGAGCACAAUAAAAAGCCAU